AUGGCGGAAAGAAUUGUUCCUGUUAUCUCCCUCAAAGACUUUGAUAAACGCAAAGAGGAAAUCAUUGUGCAGCUACUCAAUGCGGCGGAGAAUGCUGGAUUCUUUACCUUGGUAGACCACGGUAUCUCAAAGGAGGAGAUCGAAGCCCAGUUUGCCAUUUCAAAGGCAUUCUUUGACCUCCCGGCUGAGGACAAAGCUAAGACACCUCAUAACCCCAAAACCAAUAAUGGGUGGGAGUACAAGGCUCAAUUGCGCGCCAGCACUGGCACCUACGACCAGAAGGAAUCCCUUUGGCUGCAGCGUAACUCGGAAUGGCCAAGUGAUGGUGAUGUUCCCCAAUUUAGGGAAUCCACGACUCAAUUCAUGACUAAGUGUGCUGGUAUUUCAGACCAAGUUUUGUCUUGUUUCGCCAUUGCCCUCGGAUUUGGGGAGGAUUAUUUCAGGACCGCGAACGAUCCAAACCAAGCCGACUGUCUGACGCAGCUCCGCCUGAUUCACUAUCCCGCAUCUGAAAAUGCCGUCGGCACCUGGAGAGCGGGAAGCCAUACCGAUAUCGGCUGUCUCACACUUCUAUUCCAGCGAGAUGGAGAAGAUGGACUGGAAAUUUGCCCAGGCAGAGAGACCCAUUCUAGCUUUGCUAGCGGCGAUGUCUUCACACCCCUUCCUGCCGAGACCGGACCCAUUGUUGUCAACAUUGGCGACAUGCUCAUGGCUUGGUCGGAUGAUCGCUUGAAAUCCAACUAUCACCGAGUACGCGCCAAGGAUGUUGGAAAGUCACCUUCUAGAUACUCAAUUGCAUAUUUCAACCAAGCUAGGCGUGACAUUUUGCUGCAGGGCCCAUUGAAGAAAUACCCCCCCGAUGACUGUGGGAGAGUGGUUUGCCCAGUCUGUGGCUAG